AUGGACAACUCUCGUCUGCUGCCGCAGCAACACAGGGGAGAGAGGGGACCUCCUGCUUACUACAGGAGUACUAGCAACCCCACUCCAAGCAGCAGCAGCAGCAGCAGCAGCAGCAGCAAUAGCAGCAGCAGCAGCAACCCGCGAUAUAGCGGCAGCACUGCUGUUUGUCGUCUUGUCUUUGCAAGUGGCUCAACAGUGUACGAUGGAAGGUACCGAAGCAGCAGCAGCAGCAGCAGCAGCAGCAGCAGGAACAGCAGCAGCAACAGCAGCAGCAACAGCAGCAGCAGCAGAUUUGUAUGCCCCCCUGAUCACUAUGAAACAGAGAGGCGCUGCAGCAGCAGCAGCAGCAGCUGGCAACCCUUGCGGCCUCCUGCGCAGCAUCCAAGAGAUCCGUCGCAGCACUGCAGCAGCAGCAGCAGCAGCAGCAGCAGCAACGGUAGCAGCAAAUGUUACAACAGCAGCAACAGUAGACUGUAUCGCUCCCCGUAUCCUUACGACAGCAGCAGCAGCAGCAGCUAUAGCGGCAACUACAGCAGCAGCUACAGCAGCAACUGCAGCAGCAACUGCAGCAGCAACUGCAGCAGCAGCUACAGCAGCAAGGGAGGAUACAGCAUAAGAGAAUAUAGACGCAGCCCGCCUCGAGUGCCGCCUCCUUAUCCGUACAGCAGCAGCAGCAGCAGCAGCAGCAAUUAUAGCAGCAGCAGCAGCAGCAGCAGCAGCAAUUAUAGCGGCAACUAUGGCAGCAACAGCAGCAAUUAUAGCGGCAACUACGGCAGCAGCAGCAGCAGCAGCAACUAUGGCAGCAGCAGCCGUCACGUUAUGCCCGUAAAGUUUGCUGCUGAUGCAUGCAGCAUACAGGACAGCAGCAGCAACAGCAGCAGCAGCAGCAGCAGCAACAAGUACAGCUGCGCUGAUAGAAGUAGCAAUAGCUGCAGCAACAACUGCAGCAAUAGAAGCAGCAGAAGCUGCAGCAGCAGCAGCAGCAAAAAUAGUUGCAGCAUCUCUUAUAUGCCGCAAGAGCAGCAGCAAUGUGACUACAUGCAGCAGCAGCCACUGCAGCAACUGCAGCAGCAGCAACACCCGCAGCAGCAGCAGCAGCAGCAGCAGCAUCCAUUUGACGAGCUAGUAGGCGGCGAGGACCUGUGGCAGCAGCGCCAGCCGCAUGAACUGCUGCUGCAGCAGCAGCAGCAGCAGCCACAGCAGCAGCAGAUGCAACGGCAGAUAUGCGAAGCGCCGCAUAACGGCCCGGAGCAGCAGAAGCAGCAGCAGCAGAAGCAGCAGCAGCAGAAGCAACAGCAGCAGCAGAAAGAACAGCUGCAGCAGCAACAGCAACCGCAGCAGCAGCACCAAAGCGAGCUGCAGCAGCAGUUGUACAUACAGGAGCAGCUGCAGCAGCUGCUGCAGCAGCCGCUGCCACUGGAGUUGCUGCAGCAAACGCUCCGCCGUUUGCCUGCAGUCACCGCAAGCUGGGUUGCUCAGCAGCAGCAGCAGCAGCAGCAGCAGCAGCAGCAGCAGCAACAACGGCAGCAGCAGCAGCAAGCACUGCACCAAGAACAGAGGCCGCCGCAGCAACAGCAGCAAUUUCAAGCAGUGCAGCAGCAACAGCAGCCGCCGCAGCAGCAACAGCUAGAGCAGCACCACGAUGCACAGCAGCAGAUGCAGCAGGAGCCGCCGGAGCAGCAGCAGCAGCAGCAGCCACAGCAGCAGCUGCAACACCUGCAGCGGGUGCACCAGCCGCUGCAGGGAGACCUGCAAGAGCCACAGCAGCAGCAGCAGCAGCAGCAGCAGCAGCAGACAUUAGUAGCACCUGACGGUAAGAAUGGACCUCUGCCUCCCCAACCUGAUGUGCAGCAGACACAACAGCAGCAAGUGCAGCAGCAGCAGCAGCAGCCAACGCAGCAGCACCACCAGCAGCAGCUGCUGCUGCGGAUGCAGCACAAACUGCUGCAGCAGCAGCAGCACCGAGAGGAAAAGCAGAGGCAGCAAGCACAACAGGAAGCAGACUUGUCGCAUAAUAGCAGCAGCAAGACCAGGAGCAGCAGCAACAGCAGCAGCAGCAGCAGCAGCAGGCCAAGUGGGUCUGAUGCAUCACAUAGACUGGAGCAGCAGCAGCAGCAACAGCUGCAGCAGCAGCAGCAGCAGCAGCAGCAGCAGCAGAAUGGUGUUGCUGGAUUGUGUGAUUCCAGUGCCACCAUAAACGGCAGCAGCAAUAGUAGCAGCAGUAGCAGCAGCAACAGCAGCAACAAUAGAAGCAGCAGCUGCAGCAGCAACAGCAGCAGCACAACCCCUCCUUUGGCGAUGAGCAGCAGCAGCAAACUCAAGAAGAGCCGAUGGGGCAGCAGUCGCCAGACAGCGCAGCGGCAAGGAUCUGCUGCUGGAGACCAGCAGCAGCAGCAGCAGCAGCAGCAGCAGCAACAGCAGCAGCAGCAACAGCGCUUACAGCACGCAUGUUCGCCUCCGCCAUCAGCAGCAGCAGCAAUAACAACAGCUGCUGCAGCAGAUGGAGCUGCUCCUGCUUCUGCUGCUGCUGCUGCUGCUGCAGCAGCAGCAGCAGCAGCGCACACUGCGGGCAUUGCUGCUAAGGAAUUAUUAUCAGCGCAUGCACCUGUUGCUGAAGCAGCUGACGAAGCUGCUGCUGCUGACGCACCAGCAGCAGCAGCAGCAGCAGCAACAGAAGCAAAUCAUAUAUUUGCUGCGAACGCCGCAGCAACAGGGCUAGAAAAUGAGCCUGCUGCUGCUGCUGCUGCUGCUGUAGGCUGUCCUGUGGCUGCAGCAGCAGCUGACCGCGUAGCACCUGAUGCAGCAGCUAAGGAAGCAGCAGCAGCAGCUGCUGCUGCUGCUGCUAUCGCACCUGCUUCUGCUGCAGAUUUGGGGACGGUUGCUGCUGUCCCUGUUUUAGCAGAUGAGAAUGCAGCAACAGCAGCAGCAGCAGCUGCUGCUGCUGCUGCUGUUGCUGAUCCAUCUGCUGGUGUUGCGGCCCUUCCUCUUGCUGCUGCUGCAGCAGCAGCAGCAGCAGAGGAAGCUGUCUCAGCAUCCGAUACACCACCGGCUGCGAGUGAUGCCCCAGGUGCUGCUGCUCCCGCUGCAGCAGCAGCAGCAGCAGCAGCAGCAGCAGAAACAGCAGCACCAGCAGGAGUAGAGAAGAGCUUUUUUUCGCAGCUUUCUGCUGCAGCGCAGCAGAGGAUGCGGCUGCUGCGGCAGCGGCGACUGCAGCAGCAGGAGCGGCAGGAACAAGUUCCUCAGGAGCAGCAGCAGCAGCAGCAGCAGCAGCAGCAGCAGCAAGUACAGGAACAGCAGCAACAGCAGCAACUGGAGACACGGCAGCAAGUGCUGCUGAAGCUGCAGCGUGUGCAGCAGUUCCGCGAGCUGAGGCAAAUGCAGCAGCAGGAGCAGCAAAAGGAGCAGCAACAGCAGCAGCAACAGCAACAGUUGCUGGAGCAGCGGCACCAACAGAACCAGACGCAGGAGGGACAACAGCAACAACAGCAGCAAGUGCAGCAACAGCAGCAAAUCCAAGAACAGCAGCAAGUCCAGCAACAACAGCAGCAACUGCAGCAACAGCAGCAGCAACUGCAGCAACAGCAGCAGCAAAUGAAUCAACAACAGAAGCAGGAGGAGCAGCAUCAACAACUGCAACAGCAACUGCAGCAGCAGCAGCAACUGCAGCAGCAGCAGCAACUGCAACAGCAGCAGCAACUGCAACAGCAGCAGCAACUGCAACAGCAGCAGCAGCAGCAGCAACUGCAGCAGCAGCAGCAGCAGCAGCAGCAAAGGAGCCCGUCGCUUGUAUGGGUCGAUGCGGAGUCUCUUGUUGUUGUCUUUGAUAAGGACGAGGUGCACGAGCAGCAGCAGCAGCAACAGCAGCAGCUGCUGCAGCAGCAACAGGACCAGCAGCAACAGGAACAGCAACUGCGGCAACGGCAGCAGCACUUGCGGCAACUAGCGAAGCAAAAGCAGCAAGAACGUGACGCGCAGCAGCAACAGCAGCAGCAGCAACAGCAGCAACGGCAACAGCAGCAGCAGCAGCAGCAGCAGCAGCAACAGCAACAGCAGCAGUCUUUGGUAUUGAAGCAGAGUGCUGUACAUGAAACAGCAGCAGCAGCAGCAGCAGCUAGAGAACCCCCAGCAACAGCAGCAGCUGCUGCUGCUGCUAAUGUUGCAUCUGCUGCUGCAGCAACACCGUCAACAGCAACGUCUGCAACAGUUUCUGCUGCUAGACCUGCUGCUGCUGCUGCUCCUGCUCCUGCAGCACUAGCAGCAAGGGCUGCUGCAGCAACAAGCACUCCAUCAGCUACGCCCGCGGCAGCAGCAGCAGCUGCAGCAGCAGCAGCAGCUGCUGCUGCUGCUGCAACUUCACCAGCUGCUGCAGCACGAGUUAUGGCUAAUAGGAUAACACCCGAGGAGCAGCAGCGGCAGACUCAGCAGCAGCAGCAGCAACUGCAGCAACUGCAGCAAGCUAGGAAUAUAAGAGCUACUUCUGCUGACGCACGAACUACCCCAGACAACCGCAGCAGCAGCAGCAGCAGCAGCAGCAGCAUUCGUGGGGUGUCUCUGCAGGCGGAGCUGCAGCAGCUGCAUGCCAAUGUUGCAAGAUUAGAGACACUAGAUGCGCUGCUGCAUGCACGUGCUGCAGCAGCAGCAGCAAAAACAAAGUUGCUGCAGCGGGAGCUUGAUGCAGCAAAAGGAGACAUAGAGAAGACACUAGCAGAGAGAGCUGCUGUUACUCGACAGCUGCAGCAGGCAAACAGGAGACUGCAGGAGAGGAGGCAGCAGCUAAUUCGUCUAGCAGCAAGACAUGCAGGUGCAGCAGCAGCAGCAACAUUAGCAGCAGCAGCUGCAGCAGCUAGAACUGCUACUCCUGCUGUUGCUGCUGCAGCAAAUGCAGCAACACCAGCAGCGCCCAAUGCAACACCAGCAACAGCAGCAGCUACACCAGAUACAACUGCGCCGCCUGCUGCUGGUCCUGCUGCUGCUGCUGCUGCUGCUGCUAUGCCUGCAGCAGGCAGGGUUCGCGCCCAUGCACAUGCAGCCGCAGCAGCAGCUGCUGCUGCAAGUGUCGCAGCACCAGCUGUUGCUGCUGCUGCUGCUGCUGCUGCUGCUGCUGCACCAGCAGCUGCUGAGCCUACAAGAGUUGUCACGAUUCAAGGUGAGGGGAAACGAGACACAACGAGCAGCAGCAGCAACAGCAAGAGCAGCAGUAGCAGCAGCAACAACAGCAGCAGCAGCAGUAGUAGCUCAGAAGCGACUGCAGGCGUGACUAUGAUCUCUCUGUCUCCUACUGCUGCAGCAGCAACAGCAGCAGCAACAGCAGCAGCAACAGCAGCAGCAACAGCAGCAGCAGCAGCAGCAGCAAGAGAGGACGAGGAGAUCCUCCCUUUGCCUGAGAAGAAGCGUAAGAGAGACACUCGCACGAACGGCAGUCGCAGCAGCAACAGCAUCAACAGCAGCAGCAGCAACAGCAACAGCAGCAGCAGCAGCAGCAGCAGCAGGAAGCAGCAUUCCUUACCUAAAUGGUUUUGUGUAUCUUCGUCACAAGAAGAACAAAUACAAAGACAAUUAGAGACCUGCACAUACACCUCAGCAUUAAGUCAUUGGGACCUUAGUGGUCUAACUACACUGCAGCAGCAGCAGCAGCAGCAGCAGCAACAGCAGCAGCAGCAACAGCAGCAGCAGCAGCAGCAGAAGCAGCUAGCAGAAGUACUAGGAGGAGAUAAUGCUCUUAGACCUAUUUGCUGUUAUUCCCUCUUGGGUACUUGUCGUAAAAAUUGCACAGAUAUACAUCUAUAA